AUGCCUUCAAGUGAUAGUGAUGAUUUUGAAAGUGCUGAUGAAGGGCACAGCAGUCCUACCAAACGAGAAAGGAAAAAGAGAUUGUCAUCCUCCAACUAUAGUGACAAUUUAGAAUCAGAAAAUGAAUUAAAGAAAGUCCAACCCAAAGUUGCAAGUAAACUUGAGGCCUCCAAGGAUAAAGAACCUGUUGUAAAUAAUGAGGGAUGGGAUGACUUUGAUAUCGAUGAAGAUACUAUUCAAACGAGUAACAAUGAAACAGAAGUUAAAAAUAUAACAUCUAAAACCGAGACAAUAACUGUAUCAGAAACUAAAGAUUCAGGCUGGGACGAUUUUGAUGAUUGGGGAGAUGAUAAUGAAGUUAAGGACCAAGAAGUGAAACCUCAAACUAUUAGAGAUAAUAUAGCCGCUAAUGAGCAAGUAACACAAACGAAAUCUCAAAAGGAUGAACCGAAAGCAUCUUGGGGAUGGGGUUGGGGUGUCGACUCACUGUUGAACUCUGCAACCGCUGGAAUUAGCACAUUAACAACUCAAGUAUCCCAGGGUAUAACAACAGUUCUUGAAACCGGAAUCGGUGCUCCCGAUCCCGAAGUGCUAGCCAGAAUGUCGACUAAAAAUGAAACAGAAAAUAUUACUGAAGAUAGAAAAACAGAAAACAUUAGUGAUACAUUCCAACUUGGCAGCUUAUUGUCCGGAGUUACCAAAUUUGUUGAAACAACUGGUACUAAAGUAAUAUCCGGUGGUUUGGAUACACUUGAAACUAUUGGAAAAAAGACAAUGGAGGUCUUACAAGAUGGGGAUCCAGGUUUAGCCAAGAAGAAGGCAUUGUUAGGGCUCGAAGAAAAACCGGUGCUAUCACAAAUACUAAGAGAGGCAAAGGAUCGAGCGGACAAAGAAGAUUCAGUUAAAGAAGCCAAGAGGGAAGCUAAGGAGGUUCAUUAUGAAACACUGUUUGAUGACUGUGAAGGUCUUGUACAUCUAGAAGCUUUGGAAAUGCUAUCGAAACAAGUUAGUAUGAGAAUAGAAGAGAAGUUGAGAAACUCAGAACCUUCAAAACGACAAGAUAUUAAAGAGACAUUACAACAAGUAUCUGAAUUGUGUGAAAUGCCUGAGGAAGAUGAAGAAAAUGACAUAACAGAAGGAAUAAGCAGACCCGAGGGGCUUCAUGAGAAAUUAUUAAAAGCAACCAGAGAUAUUGGCAUCAAAUUACAGUUUCAACCACUCAUUAAACAAUACACCGAUGUAUUGAAUGAACUAUCAACUGAUGCAAACCCACGCGGUACAUACAAACUUGGUGUUAAAUCUCUAGCUCAUAGUACGGCUUUGUCUGUUGAAAUAUAUCAUAAAAUGGCUGAAAUGUUACUUGUGAAGAACAGACGGUCAACUGCUGAUGAGGCUGAUGCGGUUACACAAAUGACAGUGGUCUUGACGAAACACAUAAGUGACUUAGCGAGUCACUUCACUGAGAAAUUAAGCGAAAUAUCAACCGAGAAUAAGGAGGAUGUCAAUAAUUAUAUUACUAAUAUAUUCUUGGAGGCGGGGAAUAGUUCAAAAUAUAUAGAAAACGCAUUCCAGUUAACCGUUCCCAUUAUACAGAUAGGUGCAGUGUGA